AUGAAUGAUUUUCUUUACUUGCUCGACAUUCUUGCUGUUCUGGCAUCUCUUGCCCCGGCACAGAACUCUCUAGGUGCCUACAACGUUGAUCCCGACUUAGUUUCAAUAUCCGGCUUUUCCAGCGGCGGAUUUAUGACUGUGCAACUUGGUGUGGCGUAUUCAGAUGUCUUCAACGUUGGAUUCGGCGUGUUUGCUGGUGGUCCUUAUGAUUGUGCUCGCGACCAGAACGCUUUUGACAAAUGCAUGUCUAACGAAAUCCCAUCUAUUGAUAUACCAAUAGCAAACAUGAAAGCUUGGAGCGGCAAUGAAAUUGCCGAAGCCACCAACCUCAUGUAUCGUAAAGUAUACAUGCAAACUGGGUCUGCGGAUGUAGUCAUAGGUUCAAACGUGAUGGGGCAAUUGAAAGACCAACUGCAAAAGUUUACCGAUCCCGAUAAUGUCAUCUAUGUCACUACAAGUGGUGCGGCUCAUACCUUUCCAACGGACUUGAAUGGCCAUGAUGACAAUCCAUGCGACAAGUCUGAAUCACCAUACCUCAGCAAUUGUGGCUAUGACGGUGCCGGUGCAGUUCUCGACUGGUUAUACGGCGCCCUUAACCCGCGAAAUACUGGAUCUCUAUCCGGAAGAGUGAUUUCUUUUUCCCAGACCGGUCUUUAUGGUGCCCCCGGAAUGGAUGAUACCGCUUAUCUGUAUUUGCCCGCCUCUUGUCAAAGCUCAUCCACUGUCUGUAAGCUACAUACUGUACUUCACGGCUGUACUCAGGGCUAUGGCAUGAUUGGUGACAAAUUCGUUAAUAAUACUGGGUAUAAACAGUGGGCUGAUACAAACGACAUCAUCAUUCUGUUUCCUCAAGCAGUUGCGGACAACACUGUACACAAAGUCUGGGAUGGCACACCACGAAACAAUUCAUUGGGCUGUUGGGACUGGAUUGGCCAAUAUGGGAAUAAUACUGAUCAGAUCGGAGGUGAACUCUCCUUCAAUUACGACUAA